AUGGAGGCGACUCAAUUCACCGAAACGCAACCAACUCAACAAUCGCCACCUACUCAAACUCAAAACAGGGUACAAUCAAAUCCCAAUCAGAUUUGCCAACUACUAUGCACCACGGGUCAGUAUGCCAACAAGACGCUCAGUAUAACGGACAAACCCGAAGAAGAUGGUAAAAUCGUUUGGUAUUUCGGGAGGUCGGGAGAUGCUGACUUGCAACUCACGUCGUCAUCGCGUCUAUCGAAUAGACAUUUCAUGAUCUGGUUUAACUUAAGAGACAAUUCACUAUGGCUAAGGGAUACUUCGACUAAUGGAACGUAUCGUAAUGGGCAAAGGGCGGUUAAAGGAUCAAACUACUUACUCAGCCAGGGAGAUGAGAUUAGUGUCGGAAAUGGAGUUCCCAAGGAUUUGGUCAAGUUUAUCGUUGUAUUUUCGGACAGAUACAAUCCCGCGUUGUCGCCUGAUACAAACAUCAAAGACGAGGGGAUAUACAAGGACUACAUAAUAAAGACGGAAACAAUCGGACAAGGGGCAUUUGCAACGGUCAAGAAAUGCAUUGAGCGAUCAACGGGUAAGUCGUACGCAGUAAAGAUUAUAAACCGAAGGAAAGCUUUGAGUAGCACCGGUGGUGCGAGCGCCUUGUCUGGGGCCGAGCGUGAAUUAUCCAUUCUUAGGAAAUUGCAUCAUCCCAAUAUUGUUUCCUUAAAGGGCUUCUACGAGGAUGCGGAAAAUUACUACAUCAUCAUGGAGUUGGUGCCAGGAGGUGACUUGAUGGGGUUUGUUGAAGAUUUUGGCCCAGUUGGAGAAGAAGCUACAAGGGUGAUUACCAAGCAGAUAUUGGAGGGGAUAAAUUACGUACACCAAUUAGGAAUCUCACAUCGAGAUUUGAAGCCAGAUAAUAUCUUGAUUAUGCAGGACGAGCCAAUUCUAGUAAAGAUUACCGAUUUUGGAUUGGCUAAGUUUAGUGACAAUCUGACAAUUAUGAAGACAUUUUGUGGCACUUUGGCUUAUCUUGCUCCUGAGGUGAUUACAGGGAAGUAUGGCCUGUCACAGGCAAGCCAAGCUAGCAGCAACUACUCGUCUUUGGUAGACAUCUGGUCAUUGGGGUGUCUAGUGUAUGUUCUUUUAACUGCACUCGUUCCAUUUCCAGGAAAUAGCCACCAGAAGAUGUUUUCGAGAAUAAAAAAAGGGGAAUAUCAAAAGGCGCCAUUGGAAUCGUUUAAAAUCAGUAAAGAGUGCCAAGACUUUCUCCGCUGUUGUUUGCAAGUGGACCCUGAAAACAGAAUCACGGCGGCAGAGGCGUUAAAGCAUAAAUGGCUUUCUGAGGACGAACCAUCGCAGUCGUCCCAAAAACCUCUAAGUUUGUCACAGUCACAAUCACAACAAUCGCGAAAAGUCGACAAUAGCCAGUUUGAUUCGUUGAGCAGGAUAGAUGAGGACUUUAUGCUUCGACCUUUGGACAGUGAGAGAAACCGUAAGACAUCGAAACAAAAGCAGAACGACUUUAAAGUCCCAAAGAGAGUGGUGCCGCUCCCACAGUCGCAGGUAGCUGUAUCGCAACCAUUACCCAUGUCGCAACCUUUGAAGCGGCCUUACCAAAUAGACCCAGUCACUAACAAACUAAAUGGGUCUACCAAGCGUGUCAAGCUCGAGCAUCAUCAAGAGGGCAUCAACGGCAAUGUUUCAAUUAAGGAACUGGAUUUAAUGGACGAGGGUGACGAUACACCACUUUUGACGUUGGAGCCAAUAUUAGAGUCUCUCUACCGAGAAACAAUACCAAUUUCCAAUGAUAGAUUUGCCAUUGGACGAGCCGACGUGUGUAACAUCACAAUCAGCGACGACCGGUUGUCAAAAAUACACUGCAUAUUCAGGAGGGAUAAUGGCAAAAUUUGGCUACUUGAUAUGAGCACCAACUCGUGCCGGGUAAACAAUAUUUCCAUAGGAAAGGGAAGGAAACGGCAACUAGUCGAUGGUGAUACGGUUUACCUUUUUGAUGACACUACCAAUAAAGAAUUUAUCGCAUUUACCGUGCGAUUCAGUGAAUUGGAAGUAGCGAAGGUAUCAAUGGAAGAUUCUGACAUUAAGGUGCUAGAGCAGAGCUUAGAUGAUUUACAGUUGAGAGAACUGCUUAUCGAAAAUAUGUAG